AUGCAGCAGCAGCAACAACAACGGCAACAACAGCAACAACAACAUUACAGCUCUUCGCCAUCGCUCUCAUCACCGCCGUCUGCCCUGUCAGAGCCCGGCUCUCCUACCCGGAUGCUCCACGCCGGUCGAGCCAACAUUGAGAUGGACGAGAUCAUAGUAGAUCCCAGUUCAGUAGCUCGAUUCACCAUCAUGCAACAACACCAACCCACCGAACCGGCCCAGAAUGUCCCGCUGACCGCCGCCGGCCUACCUCGGAAGAAGCCCGGCCGGAAACCCGGCAGCACCGUCAAACCCAAGGUCCCCGCCGAUGGCACCGCAGCAAACGCCGCCGACCCGCCUAAGCAGCGCCGGCCGCGGAAGCCUAAGGAUCCCAAUGCCCCGCCUGUCCAGAGGAAACGCAAGGCCGCCACCAACGAGGCCAGUGACGCCAACUCCGAGAUGGACGCCCGGUCCGCAUCGGGCCCGCCCCGUCAGACCAAGAUCACCGAGCUCACCCCGAUGCGGAUGGCUCUAGAUGCCCGCUCUCCUCCCGCCGAUAUUGGAUUCGCGCCAACCGCUCCGCCUGCCGCCCCCAAGCGCGAGAGCGCCUCCGGGUCCAUGAACAUGAUGAACCUACUGAACGAAGACCCCCAGCCAACAAAAGCCCAACCGGCUGCCCCGCCCGCCAGGCAGAUGUUCGAUCCUAUCAGAGGCGGUUAUGACCCGAUCAGGGAGUCCAUGGCCACGCGUGACCCCUAUGGCACGGGUCCCCUGGGCUCGCCGCGUGCGCCUACCCAGAUGACUAACCGGGCCAGCGCAUCGCCUUCCAUCGCCAGCCUGGUGGAUCCCCAGCCGGUGCCUAGCGUUAUCUCUCCUCGCCCGGCCUACACCAACCCCACCUCUCAACCACGCUUCCAAGACUCAACUUCUCCGGCCGCUUCACCCUCGAAUGCCUUGCGCAGCACUCCUCAGUCGAUGCCCAAGCCUACCCUAGCUGACGCCAGGCGCCCUCCCCCACCUCCCCCGCCUCCUGUGUCUGCUGCCAAACAGGAGUCCAAGACCAAUUCAUUCACAAGCAUGACGUCAGUUCCCAGCGCUAUGUCGGCUGCUGCCGCAACACCAGUCCAGGCCGCGGCUGCGCAGAGCAAAAAGAUCGCCGCCGUCGUCCAGCAGGAGCGCGAGGCGCAGAAAAAGGCCCGCAGCUCUUCGUCAUCGUCUCCCAAAAUUAGCAGCCUCAAGGAGGCCCUCCCGCCCCUGCCCGGCGGUGAGCGCUCGAUCCUCGACUUCGGCAAAGCCCGCCCCGGCGAGGAGACGGAGGCACCUAGCAUUUCACUCCACGUCCCGCUCGUGCCGGGCGAGAGCAACAAGUACGUCAACUUCAUGCGCAUGGCCGAGGAGAACUACGGCUGGGACGCGCUGCACCCGCGGCUGGCCGCCAGCCGCGAGCGCAAGGCGCGCAUCGCCGCCGCCACCGCCGCGCUCGAGAAGACGGGCAGCGGCCGGGACUCGGGCGAGGAGAUGGACGAGGACAUCCUGCAGGGGUCCGACGCCGGCGAGAGCAACGUCGAGAUGGGCGGAAUGGGCAACGGCACCGGCACCGGCAACAACGCCAACGGCAACGCCAACGGCAACGGGGCGCCGGCCGCCCCCGCCGCUAAGCCCGCGAGGAAGAAGCGCAAUUUCAAAGAGGACGAGUACGACAAGGAGGACGACUUCGUCGACGACUCGGAGCUGCUCUGGGAGGAGCAGGCCGCCGCCAGCAAGGACGGCUUCUUCGUCUACUCGGGCCCGCUGAUCCCCGAGGUCGAGAAGCCCGCCGCGUCGGAGGAGCGGCCCCGGCGCGGUCGCGGUGGCCGCGGGCGCGGCAGCAGGGGGGCCACGGGCACGGGCACGGGCACGGGUCGCGGCAGGGGCGGCGGCGGGCCCGGGUCGCGCGGCGGUACCGUCCGCAAGCCCCGCAUCACUAAGCUCGAGAAGGAGCAGCGCGAUCGUGAGAAGGCUGAGCGCGAGAAGCUUGCUCUGAUGGCGUCUAAGACGGGCGCGGACUCGGCGGCGUCGGGCUUGCUUGCCCUGGGCGGGGCGCCGGCUGCUCAGGGGGCCGCGUCGGGUAUGGCCAUGUGA